AUGGGAUUUUUGAGUGGUGUGCUUGGUGCGGUGAAGGAUGACAAUAAUGUAAAACACUACGUAAAAAACAUUGAACCUAAGCUUAAUGAUGUUAUUUUUAAAUUACAUGACAGUGUUGGUAAGGGUGCCAGUGCGUUUGGGCCUUGCCUUGUAGAGGUUGGCCGGUGGUUGCAUUAUUAUGAUGAGCAUGUUAGCAGACGUACCGAUUACAUUAAGACUCAUCUAGAUAGUCUCGAAAACGAGAUAACGCAAAAUCAAAAUGUCUUCAACACUGAGAAAACAAAUAGCCUCGACAAGCAAUACGCUGAUUGGGAUCGCCGCGCCAAGCUGUAUGUGAGUAAGGUGGAAGAGGCUGAAAAGGCAACCAAGAAAUUGGAUCCAGAACUUCAGCAAAUGUUAGAAAAACCGAUGAGAUUAAUCAAACAAAGUAUUGAACAGUUUAAAAAAAUCUGUGAAAAUAGAGAUUUGGAUAUUCUGUAUGGUGCUGCAGCGGAUGAGUUGGCGAAGCUGAAGGGGAGUGUGGAAAAGCAUAUCACAGAAAGAAUUAAAACAUUGGAACAACGUUUAUUAAAAACUUUUGAAAAGAAUAUUCAAGGUGAUAUUAACGAUAUUAGGAAGGAUUUAAUCGCUAUCGAUUCAGAUCUGGGCGGUUGGAUAACAGUGGCACAGGAUAUUGUGGAAAAUGCUAUAUUGAAGUGUAAUAAAGUAUUGGCAAUGGUGAAUGAAAAUCAUGAGAAAUACAAACUUUCGAAAAGUGGUCCCGAAAUUCUUGUUAAAGCUAAAUUAUUACACGAUAAAGCCAUUGACCUGAGGGCGGCAGCAGUAGCAGCCAGAGAUGCUGUCAAAGAGAACGUCACUAACGCGUUGAAGACUGUCGUCGAAAUGAACGGAAAGCUUAUGGCCGAUCUGAAUGAUAUGAAAAGUCAUAUUUACAAUGCCGUUGAAGCUUAUGUUAAGAAGACUCUGUUAACUGAUGUAAAAUCUAAGGUUAGUCAGAUUCUAAAUGGCCACCAAUCGAAUGGUAUAAAGCAAAUUAUAGAGCACGUGAAAGAGCAUGCUGCAAAAUUUAAGAACUCUGCGACGUUUGGAGAUAUGGUUCAAGCAUGGGUAUGCGAGAUAUUGCAGGAGAACAAGGAUAUUGUGAAAAGUAGGCUUGAGACUUAUGUUACGCAAACUAAGCUACAGUUCACAAACCGGGAAUAUCAGAAUCAAGAGAAAGAUAAAAUUAACGACAAAUUCAGGCAGGAGAUUGCGAAAGUGAUUAUGAGUCAUCUUGAGAGAGAAGUCUAUAGUACGGGCAAUGUAACAUUCGUUGGUGAGUCUACUGGUAAAUUCGCAAAGGAUUUGCAAACCGUUCAAGCAACUUGCAAACAAUUUGCUAUGCAGCUUGAUAAGAAGGUUAAUGCUGACAUAUAUAGUGAGUUCUUCGACAGCGUAACUAGGGCCAUUGAAGAGAAGUUGACAGGUAAGCAACACGGCAACUCGGAUCUCCACACAGCCGUCUACUACAUCCUCAAAGCUCUCCCAAAGAAAGUCCGAGAUGCUUCCACGGAACUGAAUUUGUUGGUCCGUGACGGCGUCAAACAGGCCAAUCUUGGAAACGUGGAGACGUCCUUUAGUGUUGCGGAAGCAAUUAACACCGCAUUAGGAGAGGCUGUAGCCACUAGCACGUUAUCAUCCAAUGCGAAACAUCCAUAUGACGUGGAUAAUAAAAUUCACGGCGUAUUGAACGACAACAUUGGGAUGAGUACUAAAGGUGUAGCCGUUGACAUAACGCACAAGAAUUCCAUUUUGCAGGGAUAUAAGGGGCACGUGUCUCAAUCACCAAAGAGCACAACUGCUACGUCAGACAUUCCAGAACCAAUAGACGGCGCUCUUCCACAGGCGAUCAAAGGCGUUAGAGACAUUGGUCUUCAUAGCCUCACAACUGGUGGAGAUAUCACUAACAUCCUAGACUCCGCAAAUCACAUCUUCGAGCAAGCGUUCGCCGAAAUAAAAAAACAGCUCAAAGGUCUGACAAAGUUGGUUGGUGAUGAGGGGCAUGUUUUGGAAAGUGAGAAGGGUAUCAGAACACUUUUAAAUGAUUUGAAAAAAUUGCUUGGAACGGGUAGCUAUAACGUUUGGGAUGUUUUUAUCAAUUCUCUAGGGAAACUCCACCAGCGCAUGAAUCGUAUCAUUGGUGCUAGCGUGGCAAAAUUAAUCGGAAAAGCUGCAAAUUUCCAUGAUGUCACUAUCCCACAGCAAACGACGCAUACUACGAAGGAUGUUUUGAAUGCUGUUGAAACUCAUGUUACUUCGGCUACCACCAGCAUUGCAAUCAUAGCGCAAGAAUUGUAUGCUGAUAGGAAAAGAAAAGGGCUUGAUGAUUUGAAAUUACUCUGUGCAACCGAAAUCGGUGGCAUUGAUGUUAUAAUUAAGAGCCAUUUCGAAUGUGGAAUGAAGGGUUUGAUACGUCACGUGAAAUACGGAAUUUCACAAUUUUCGAAUCUUCCACCAUCUCUAAGCGUACCACAUUUGUCAUCAAAAAUUGCAGACUUCGGAGACAUAGUAUUAAUUUACGUUGGACAGCAGGUUGAAACAUCAGAUAAGUCUGCAACCUCCCCCCCAACCACCGACCAACCCACCGACCCAGCCAAACAGCUAACCAAAAUCAAAGAUGCCUUCGACGAAUUGCUUGGACAUCUUCAUACUCAUGAAAAUAAUCGUAAAUACAUCUAUGAUCAUCCUUUCACCGUUAAACUCACCACCCUCAAAAACGCCACUAACGAUUUAUCCCCCUCCGCCUUCGCCAACCCCCGGCACCCGGAGCUGCUCGAUGCGGUCAGAGCGGGGCUGCAGGGGUUUGUCGAGGAGAUGGAGCGGGUGUAUGUGAACGGGUAUGAUGAUGGAAACAAAAUUAAUUGGGAUACGAACAAAUUGGUCGAACCUAAGUCCGAUUCUGAAAAUUCUGGUCAAAACGAUAAAUUAACGCCUUACGGUGAAAAGUUGUCGAAGGUGUUCCUUAGCACAAUCCAAGUACUAUUCCAAGACCUCUGGGAGUUAUAUAAAGAAUGCGCCGAAAAUAAAAGUGAACGCAUUCGUUUACAUAAUAAAAGCAAGGAUGGCGUUAAGUUGCCCAAUGCACUUGGCGCUUUCUUAGCUAAGCGAGGGUACAAGGUACCAACGGAGGAAGACAAGCAGGACGGGGAGUUGCAGAACAAGGACAAAAUCAUGACAGGUGAAAAAAUUAAGGAGUUAUUUGAGAAGAAGUUAAAAUUGCCGGCGAUUGCCCUACUUGCAAUUAAAGGACCUAGCAUACUCAGUGCCUUAUACGAGUACCUCAAAAAGUAUUACGAGGUCUGUCACCUGCAGGUUCGACCUUCAACGAAAUAUCCAGCGAACAGUUAUCAGAUGCUACAGUGGCUUGCCGGUCUGCGGUGGAAUCCAGUAUUUUUGCCAGUGAGGAAAUAUUUCAGGGAAUUAUUCCCUAUACCUGACAAAUUCAAGAACACGCCGCGCGAGAAAAUUCGCACCGAUGACCUUAACCUUGCUGCGACCUCAAACAUCAAGGCUCAGCAAUUAGCCAGCAAAAUGUUGCCAAAUGUUUGCUUGCACGCCCACUCGGUUCUGACUGCCAUCCUCGGACAUGGACACGCAGGCGGAUGUUACGCAGUUGACUACAACACCAACGCGGAAAACUUAUUGUACCCUAGCAGAGACAGUGACUGCUUCGAUUUACUCGCAGAUAUAUUAGAAAGAUUGUAUCACCAGUUCCGAUUCCUAUGCAGUCAGUGCGAGAACGGCCCUGAGAGCGGUGGAUGGGCUGAUUGUUUGUACGGUAGGCAUGUCGCUGGAUCAGACUGGCAGUGUAAUGAGAAGCAGUGUCCUAACCAAUUAUGCGACCAAACGGUGAACCAAACACGUAACCAAAUUCAUGAGCAAACGGGUGACCAACACCCCAAGUGCGGUGUGAAAUCGCCACUCCAAUCGUACCUAGAGGACGGCCUACAAGGUUUCCUGCCACACCAGUUCAAAAAGCCAGGUUGCAAGCUGGACUGCAGUAUGACUAAUCACCGCGGCCUACCGUGCAAGACACCAAUGGGUUUCGCUGAUAUCAGUGUAACCGCUUCUCACACGAAAACGGGCGCUGAUCUCAUAGAAGUGUUAAAAAAUUUCUGUGGUGAAAGAUCCCACCUCCGCUCAUUAUGCGCUUGCAUUAUAUGUCUUAUGCAAAAACCUCCGCAGACGCUAGGUGACAUGUUCGCGUUCUAUUAUAAUUAUAUAUACGGCUGGACCACGCAGGAUAGAGAACAUAGAGAGGGCGCAUUUAACAAAGCCGUCAGCGCAGCGCACUUCGAGAACAAAUAUGAUGAGCUCAAAGUGCAUAACCUAUUUUCCCCUAGUCACUCCGCAGUGUGGCAGGGGCAUUCGAGCGGUAGUCUCGGCAGUUUCGUAUGCACAUCAAGAGAAUCGGUCGUAUGUGGGCCAUAUCUGUAUCCCAUCAAUAGCGGAAUCAGAAAUAUAUAUGCAGCUAAAUAUGCCGAUAAAUACCUAUCAUGGAUUGUUUACCAGACUGAGACAUUCUACAAUUUACUCAAAAAGUUAUAUGACGAGUGCAACUCUAACUGCGGUCCAAAGGGAUCCAACUGCUUAACCACAUGCUGUGUUGAGGAAUGUCCAAGGCUUAUAAAACCGCCAACCCCAAAGGAACAUCAUAGCGAUUGUAAAUCUAUAGUCCAAUGCAGAAAAGCACUACCAACUUUGUCAAAAUACGGGUUCGUGUUUUUGCAGCAAGCCAAGUUAAACGGGAAUGAAGGACUCGAGAAAAAACGCACGUGUCAAAAUUUCUGUGCGGCAUUCAAAGAUGUAUUUAAUAAGGAGUCUAUACUUGUCGAACUUAUUAAAAAAAUUGAUGAAUUCAUAUUUGCCAUCAGGCAGCCGUUUAUAUGGCUCAAUGUCGCGCUCUGGUCACUGUCCCUCUUCUACCUCAUCUGCGUAAUGGUUGGCAGACUGGAUGUGCUCCACAUACGCUCACACCUUAGGAUACCGGCAUCGCACAAGAUUACAGCGCAGUCAUUGUUGGCUGCAGCGCAAGUCGGAAGGCUUGCCAAAAUAUCGUAUCUACAACCGUAA